AUGAUAGACUUGGACACUUUGGCUGACUUAGCAAAACAGUCUGAGCCAAUGGUCCGUGCUUCUUAUCUUGAGAGCAUCAACUAUAGCAAGAAGGAUUUUGUGAAACUGAUAUUAGUGGAUUCUGCUUUCAUCAUUCAACUCUUUACUAUGAAACACAGAGGUCACAUGAAACACGAUGCUAAACUAUCACAGUCAUGGUUGGAGGAUGACGUAGAUAAUGAUUUACUUUUACUUCAAAAUCAACGUCCAUUCUUUUUCCUUGAAGAGCUAUACAAUAUAGCAUUUCCUUGUAACCAUAGAGGCAAUCUCCCUUCAUUUCUUGAGCUUACAUAUCCCUUCUUUGACUAUCUUAACAUGCAAAGGUUAGAGUCUAAUCACAAGAAAGAGCAUUUCACAGAUCCUUUGAGAUUAUUUUACUUAUCGAGAACCCAUCCAAUAAGGGAUCGAUUCAAAGGGGAUGGACCCGAUAGGCUCAUGUAUGGUGCAAACGAGUUAUAA